AUGUACUCUGAGCUGACAAAGGAUGUGCUAAGUAAAACCGGCGAAGUAAUUGUUCUGGGAGAAGUUAUAGUUGAAGAAGAAGACCUGCUUCUCCAGGGAAAAGAUGGGAUAAAAGUGCCUCUGGUAUUUACAGAUGAAGACGUUUCAUUAAAGCAUAAUUUAUCAGACUAUGAGGGAGAAAAAGUUCUAAUAUUCGGAGAUGUAUCAAAUGAUUCAAUUCAAGUCAUUGGCCACAGUUCAUUUAAAGUCCCCAUCAAUGAAGAUCUUUUUUCUAAUACAAUACAAGAAAUGCACAAAUAUCCUGAUAUUUUUGAUAGCAAAGUGUGA